GUGAUGACUGUAUGCUAUGUUCCAGAGUCACUCGCGACAGUUUUCACGUCCUUUACGACAAAUUCAUCCAUGCCGUCGAGUGCUCCAUCGAUAUCGCAAUUUUCCGCCAUCUUUAUUACUAGGUCCUCCUGUCACAAGAGAUCUUGAUUAUUGUAUUCAUACAGAUCCAGUAAAAUCCUAUCGCAAAAUGUCCAGCGUCUCCUCCACUCAGAAGACCAUCAACAUCGCAGUUAUCGGCGUUGGCUUGGUGGGUAGCGAGUUCAUCGAUCAACUCCUCGCCUUCCCCAGCCCAAGUCCAUUCCGCAUCGUAUCCCUAUGUUCUUCCAAAAGAUCGCUCUUCUCGAACACCGGACUUGUUUUCUCCCCCUCUGGAUGGAAAUCCGACCUGUCUGACUCCUCCUCGUCCAGCCCGGUCGACAUCCCAAGUCUGACGAAGGGACUGGCAUCGCUGGUCCAACCAGGCCAGAAGGUGGUGCUGGUGGACAACACGUCUUCAGACGACGUCGCGCAGCUCUACCCCGCGUUCUUGCGCGCCGGGAUCGAGGUGAUCACGCCGAACAAGAAGGCGUACUCGGGGGAGCUGACGCUGUAUGAGGAUAUUCUGGCUGCGAGCUUGGAGGCGGGGGCGAGGUUCUUGAAUGAGGCGACGGUGGGGGCUGGGUUGCCUGUUAUGUCGACGCUGAAGGAUCUGGUGGCUACGGGGGAUAGGGUGGUCAAAGUCGAAGGCGUGUUCUCGGGGACUAUGAGUUACAUCUUCAAUAAUUUCUCUACCGGAGAAGCUAGCGGCCCUAGCUUUUCCUCCGUCGUCAGCGUUGCACGAGAAAAGGGGUAUACGGAACCCCACCCCGCAGACGACCUCAACGGCGCAGACGUAGCGCGCAAACUGACCAUCCUAUCCCGCGCCAUACCCUCCCUGCGCGCGUCCCUGCCCCACGGCUUCAAGUCCGUGCAAACCACGUCGUUGGUGCCCUCCGCUCUGGAGGGCAUCGCGGGCGGAGACGAGUUUAUACGGCGGCUUCCCGAGUUUGACGCCCAUUUUGCAGAGCUGAGGGAGGGCGCUGCGAAGGAGGGGAAGGUGUUGAGGUUUGUGGGCGUGGUGGAUGUUGCUAGUGGGCUUAUCAAGGCUGAUCUUGAAAAAUACCCCAACUCUCACCCUUUCGCUACCUCGUUGGGUGGAUCAGACAAUAUCAUCAUGUUCCACACCGAACGCUACGGCGCUAGGCCACUGAUUGUACAAGGUGCUGGAGCGGGAGCAGCUGUUACUGCUAUGGGGGUAAUGAGUGAUCUCUUGAAGCUUGUAUAACAGAAUUGAAUCAUAUUUAAUAUGAAAAACCAAAAAUGUACAAACAGUUAUCAGGUU